AUGGUUUAUGCACUGACUUCAAAAAUGACCCAGGCUGCAUAUGAAUACUUUUUGAUAAUUACUCGACAGAUUUUGCCGUUAAACUAUGCGGAGCUAGUAAUUAUUUCUGAUUUUGAAAGGGGUUUGAUAAAUGUUGUGAAAUCAGCAAUUCCCGAAAGCAGAUACCAGGGAUGUUGGUUUCAUUAUUGUCAGUCUAUUGUAAGGUACUGCAGACGGAGUAUGAAUAGUAUAUUCAAUCUCUUCAAAUCCAGCCUUGAGGCUGCUAAAAUAUUGCACAUGAUCCUAGCCUUACCUCAUUUGCCAGCAGAAGUGAAUCCCAAUUGCAGGUUCACAAUUUUUGACGGAUUUAGGGUGGUUGUUGAAUUUGCCAACCAACAUCCAAACAUUUCUCAACGUUUGGAGAUUUUUCUCUUGGGUUAUGUUCAAGAUUUUUGGUUAAUACAAAUGGGCGCUUCAUCUAUAAGUGUCUAUGGGUAUGAGAAUUUCAUAAACAAAAAAAAAAAAUAG